AUUUCCACAUGGACGUCGGACUUUUAUUUACAACUGACAAUUUGACAGUUAUUUCAAAAUUUAUGAAAACCUCUUGAAAUAUGGAAGAGAAAUCUUACAAAGAGCAAUUAAUGGAAUCUACAGAUAUUAACCAAGAUGAGUUGAUUCUUCAACAACAAAGGCGAAUCGAAAUGGAGAUUUCUGAAUCUAUUGCUUUAGUUGGAGAAAAAGAAUCUAUAAAAUGUUUAGAACGUGAAUACUCUGAGGAUGAAGUAUACCUUUCUAAAGCUAAAGCUUUGGAACAAAAAUAUUCAUAUAUUAGGAGAACUAGACCAGAUGGAAAUUGCUUUUUCAGAGCAUUUAGUUAUGCAUAUCUUGAAAAAUUAAUUGGAAAUAAAGAUGAAUAUAAAAAAUUUCGAGAGCUUGCAUUAAAAAGUAAAGACAGUUUGGUAGCAUUAGGUUUCCCUCAAUUUACAGUUGAAGAUUUUCAUGAUACGUUUAUGGAUGUAAUUGAUAAAGUAGGAGGAGAUGCAGAAUCAAGUUAUAUUGAACUGCAUAAACUGUUCAAUGAACAAGGUUGUUCUGAUUAUAUUGUUGUAUACCUUAGAUUAAUUACUUCUGGUCAAUUACGGCGUGAAGCUGAUUUUUAUCAGCAUUUUAUCGAAGGAGAACGUACUGUUUCAGAAUUUUGUCGUCAAGAAGUAGAACCAAUGUACAAAGAAUCUGAUCACAUUCACAUUAUAGCUAUGAGUACUGCUUUAGGAACGGGAGUACGUGUUCGUUACAUGGACCGAGGUGCAGGUACUGAAGUAACUGCCCAUGAUUUCCCUGAAGGUGCCACUCCAGCUGUUCAUUUACUAUAUCGUCCUGGUCAUUAUGAUAUCCUAUAUCCUUGAUAAAUUAUGAAUUAAACUUGCAUACAAUUUUCUGAAAAACC